AUGAACUCAUCGUCCUCUGUCAUGGCGCCUUUCUUCGCCAACCAGAGCUGUGACCCAUUCCAGCCCACGUCCCGCCCUUGCGAACUAGGGAACUACGUGCGGUAUGCCGUCGAUGCUUCAUCCGUGCCCGAUAUCCAAGCAGCAGUCGAUUUCGCCAGGCAGAAUAACAUCCGCUUCGUGAUCCGAAACACCGGGCAUGACUAUCUGGGACGCUCAACCGGAGCGGGCGCUCUUGCCGUCUGGACGCACCAUCUCAAGAGCAUCGACUUCUCAGAUUAUGAGUCGGCUGACUACAGCGGCAAGGCUGUCAGGCUCGGUGCAGGCGUCCAAGGCUUCGAAAUCAUGCAGGCCGCGAGGGACCAGGGGCUGGUCGUCGUCGGCGGCGAGUGUCCCACGGUCGGCCUCGCCGGCGGCUACACGCAAGGGGGCGGCCAUUCUGCGCUCAGCUCCAGCUUUGGCCUCUCCGCCGACAACACUCUGGCUUGGGAGGUGGUGCUCGCCGAUGGGACUUUCGUGAUUGCCAGUCGGACCGAGAAUCCCGACUUGUUCUGGGCGCUGAGUGGAGGCGGUGGAAGCACCUAUGGCAUAGUUGUAUCUAUGACGGUGAAGGCCUUCUCGGACGCGGUGUUCAGCGGUGCCACUCUCUCGUUUUUCACCUCAGACAACCCGAGUGACCGUUUUUUUGCCGGCAUCCAAGCUUUCCACGAAUCGCUCCCGAGCAUAGUCGAUGCAGGAACCAUGGUCGUGUACUACUUUACCGACACGUUCUUCAUGAUAUCACCCGUCAACGCCUACAACAAGACCCAGGCGGAAGUCGAACAGAUCAUGGCCCCGUUGAUUGCGAGUUUAGGCUCGCUCGAAGUGGUGUACUCGGUCUCAUACAGCGAGUCAAAGAACUACUACGACCAUUAUGACACGUAUUUCGGCCCCUUGCCCCUUGGGAAUAUUCAGGUAGGCAUUGCACAAUAUGGCGGCCGCUUGAUCCCACGGUCAGUGGUCGCAAACAUCUCCGACACAAUGCAGAGUAUUGUGAAGCAAAGUGUCACCUGGAUAGGAGUCGGGACCAAUGUUGCACCAUUUGGCAAUAGCCUUACCAAUUCGGUGCACCCGGCGUGGAGGGAGGCCCUAGUGCAUACGACCUUGACUACACCUUGGAACUUUACGGCGCCGUGGGAAGACAUGAUUGCUCUACAGGAUAAGAUGACAAAUGUCAUCCUCCCAGAGCUUGAGGCAGUCACUCCUGGCAGCGGCGCAUACGUAAACGAGGCGGAUUUUCGUCAGCCCAAUUUCCAAGAUACGUUCUGGGGUACAAACUACGAGAGACUCCUGACCAUCAAAAAGAGGUACGACCCGCACGAUAUGUUAUAUGCCAGGGCGGGUGUAGGGAGUGAGUCCUGGAUAGUGUCACAAGAGGGGAGAAUGUGCCGAUCAUAG